GGGGGGGUUCCCCCAGGGCUCUGGCACCCCCCUGCAGUGUGUGCCACCAGAGCUGCCUUGGGUCUCACUGGGGACUAGGGCUUCCAGAGAAAGCUCCUUUUGUUAGCAGUGUUCCAUGCAUCUGCCUGCCUGGCACCUGAGGAAUCUCACACUGUCCCUCAGUCUGGGAGAAACAAGAUUAUUUUCUUCCUAUUUUCAUCGUGUCUCCUAAUAGGAAAAACAGAUGCUUUCCUCCUUAGUGAACCUUGCUUGAGUCUCCUUUCUACAGUUCUCAGCCUUCCCCAAGUGAAAAAUUUAUUUAAUUUUGUUUCUUUACAGUUUUUCUUCUGUUCACAGGAUUUUGAGCUGAGUUCUUGUUGGUGUUGCAUCUCUUCCCAAAUCAGUGAACUCGACUCAUUUGAUGUACAGUGGGCUUGCAAAGCAGCCCAGGGAUAGGUUAAGGGGAGGCAGAAUACACUAUCUUGGCAAACUCAUAAAGAUUUGCACAGUCCUAAGAUUUUAAUGAAUAAUUACUUUUUUUUUGAAGGAUACAGGUUUGUAUUUCGCUACUAGUUAAAUUCUGGUUGUGAGGAUUUAAAUUUAAUAUUUUUUUUGGACUCUUGCCUGUGGCAGGAGUGCUUUCUGGCAUCUGAGUUAGAGGCUUUACUGGUGCUUGGCUGUUUAAUUACCGAAAACAACAGGACAACUGUAAAAUUUUAAUAAAUAUGGGCUUGCCAGGUAUUUCAUAUUUUUGGUAAAAGCAUGUAGGAUCUUGUCUACAUCAGGGAGUUAUUGCAGGAUGGGGCAGGGUGUGAAUGUGAAGCACUUUUCCCCUUGCAUAGACAAGUCUUUAAUUUUUCUUCAAGAGCAGACUCUGGGAUGUUCCACGUAUUCCACGCUCUUGUCCCUGGUUUGAGCUCUGCAGUGGACUUGUCACUGACAAGGAAUUACACCUAAGCAUGUGUCUGGUUUGUGUGAAUGAUGUCACUGGGUUUGGGGUCUGUGUGUGUAAAGAGACCACGUGUGCCAGGCCGGGGCCGAGGGAGGCUUGUGUGUGAGCCCGCUGGGACAGGGCUGCCUGUCAGGAACGUGCAGGCAGCUCCUUUUGGUGCUGUGACAAGGCCUCUCGAUGCCAUUGCAGCGUACCUUAAAAUGAGAAGUGCUUCAAGGGAAAAGGAGUUGGAAGAACAUGGGUGUUAGGAUUUCCUUGCAGUUUACACUACAGAAGAGUGCCUGAGUCUUGUCCAUAAAACAACACAAUCAGGUAAUUAAAACCAGAAGGUUUACAUUUCACGAGAGACAGAAAAAGGCAGCAUCCCAGGAUUUGAGGUGGGAAGCAGGGAGGGAACUAUUUCUGUUUUGCCACAUUCCGAUGGGUGAGAUUUCAGGAAAUAGCUGAGCCAGUGUAACAGUUUGUUGUGAUUCAGAGGAGCGGUUUUCCUUUGCUCUGUACCUGCUGUGAGACCCUGCUCUUUUCCCGUGUCACCUCUGCUCCUCUGGCUCUGCAGUGCAGGUCGGUGAGCACAGGGAGGAUGAAUCGUGGCUGGCACAAGGCUGCAGGAGCUGCAGGAGCUGCAGGAGCUGCAGGAGCUGCAGGAGCUGCAGGAGCUGCAGGAGCUGCAGGAGCUGCAGGAGCUGCAGGAGCUGCAGGAGCAGGCUGACCCUGCUACCAUGCUGUAAAGGCUGCACCAGUAUGACCUUGAGCCAACUGGGCUUUGCUCCUCCUGAGCGCAAUGGAAAUAAGGUUGUUACCCGCCCUGCAGGCUGCGGGGAGCUGGCAUGUGUUGUGAGAUGCUCUGAGGUUGAAGAGCAGUAUAUAUAAAUACCCAGCAUACCUCCUGGAUUAUGUAACUCGAGUGUCUGGUCUCUAGGCAUCCUCAAAAAUGUUAAUGUUUAAUUCCAAAGUUUGCUCAUUUAUUUUAUCCACAAAGAUUUUACUGCUUUAUACCCUUCUUUUUGUGUGUGUGUAGCCAUGCUAAUGUGUCCCGGACAGUCUGGUAUGUUUGAGCCUUGUGUUCCUUGUGUUCCUGCUGCUCAUUCCCACAUUUUAGGUAGGGUCACGUAGAUGCUGUAUUUGCUCUUUUUUUUUUUUUGUGGGGAUGGUGUGGCAAGGGGCACUGUCACAGUAUAUUAACACUAUCUUAUCCCAGACCAGCAGGGGAUGUGUUUGUUAACAGAUCUAACAGAUCCAUUUGGACAGCUGCAUUCUCUGAAGGAAAUAACUCUGCAUUGUAUCUUUGAUACAGGUUUCCAGCAUUUUCUUGUGUGACUUGCCCUGCUUGAGCAGGGAGCUGGACCAGAUGACCUCCAGAGGUCCUUUCCAACCUCAGCCAUUCCAUGACUCUGCCCUAAUCAAAGAAGUCCUAAUGAGUGUUUUCUCUCUAUCACUGUGGGCACCUCAAGCUGCUGUUGCACACAGACCACUCUACCUCUAGUAACUAAGGCUAAAGAUAGUGAUCCUAAUGAAGAAAACAUCAGCAUCAAUUGGACACCAGAGCAGUAUAUUUUAAAAGUCACAUUAAAACAUGCAAAAGCGCUCACCUCGUAAUAGAUGUGUUCAUCUCUAUUUUUAGGCCUUUGAAGCAGGAAGUAGGUAACAUGUCCCUUGUGUACAGAUUUUGGAUGGAGCUCUGCAUUUGAUUCCUGGCAAAAGUGACUGGCUGUGAUUCCCAGCCAUUUCAAAUCAGGAGCAACAUUUAAAAUGUUAAAGGCAGUUCUAAAAAAGAGCCGAGAGGGUGGAAAAGGGACCAAGAAAGAUCCAGCAGGUGACUGCUGCCCAGAGAAUGCCUCGCAGGCCGUAGCCACAUCUGGCCACAAUGCAGCUUUGCCCCCUGGGGAGCAGCCAGGCCCCGAGGACACCUACAGAAUGAACGUGGCCAAGGGAGUGUCCAUGUCCCUGCCCUCCUCGCCCCUGCUGCCACGCCAGGCCUACCUCCUGCAGGCCAGGGCAAACAAGAAGUCUCCAGGUCCGGUCAGGAAGCCCAAGUAUGUGGAAAGUCCGCGCGUGCCCGGAGAGGCGGCUGUGCCCCCGCGGAAGGGCCCGGAGCCAGGAGAGCCCAGCCCCGGCGCAAAGCCUGACAAAGACUCGAGCUGUUCUCCUGCAGCACAAGAAUUGAUGACAAGAUUGGGUUUUUUACUGGGGGAAGGGAUUCCAACUUCUGCUCACAUGGAAGAGAAAAACGAAGUUAUGUGUGCAGUCCCCAGCCGAGGAGUGAGUCCCUGUUCCACCCUGACCAGCAGCACAACAUCACCCAGCACCGACAGCCCCUGCUCCACCCUCAACAGCUGCGCCGGCAAAGCGGCGGCCAAGGGCAGCCCCUGCGGCACCAUGAGCACCCCCAGCUCCACCCUGGAGAGCAAGGACAGUGGCAUCAUAGCCACUAUAACCAGUUCAUCAGAAAAUGAUGAUCGUAGUGGAUCCAGUUUGGAAUGGAGCAAGGAUGGGAGUCUCAGAGCUGGAAAACAUCAUGGCAUCAGUCGUGAUCGAAGGACAGAUAAUUGUUCACCAGUUGCAGAAGAGGAGGCCAUUGGAUCUGCUGAGAAUUUGCCCAAAGAAGUACCAACAGGAGAGGGUCCCCUUCCUUACGCUCAGAGUUCUGGCUCUUUAAUAAUGCCUCGUCCAAACUCCGUUGCAGCAACAAGUUCGACCAAACUGGAGGAUCUGAGCUACUUGGACGGGCAGAGGAGCACUCCCCUGCGCACCUCCAUUCGCCUGCCCUGGCACGGCGCGGCCGGCGGGAGAGCGCAGCACCAAGCUCGUUUCAUCCCCUACAAGCCCCAGGACAUUUUGCUGAAGCCGCUGCUGUUCGAGGUGCCGAGCAUAACCACAGACUCGGUGUUUGUUGGAAGAGAGUGGCUGUUCCAGGCCAUUGAAGAAAAGCUGCAGAGUCCUGACCCAGCAGGGAACAGGGGAGUGGUCAUCACUGGAAAUGUGGGAUUUGGGAAGACUGCCGUCAUCUCACGGCUGGUGGCACUCAGCUGCCAUGGAAGUCGCAUGAGACAAAUAGCUUCCAACAGCCCUAAUUCAUCCCCCAAAAGUGGUGACUCCUGCCAGGAGAUUCCCUUAAGCCAGUUACCCCCAUGUGCCCCUCCAGCAGGUGACACCAGUACAAGUGACAUUAAGGUCAAGACUCUGACUUGUCCUGCUGCUCCUGAAUACAAAACUCAGGCGGGAGAUGCCGUGAGGCGCCUUGCUUCCAAGGUGGUGGCUUAUCACUACUGCCAGGCUGACAACACGUACACGUGCCUGGUACCCGAGUUCGUGCACAGCGUGGCCGCGCUGCUGUGCCGCUGCCAGCAGCUGGCAGCCUUCCGGGAGCUGCUGGGCAGGGAGCCCCAGCUGCAGAGCCUGCUGAGCCUGCGCUCCUGCGUGCAGGACCCUGCCACGGCCUUCAGGAGGGGCGUGCUGGAGCCACUCACACACCUCAGGAAAGAGCAGAAGAUUCCUGAGGAAGACUACAUAAUUUUGGUAGAUGGUUUAAAUGAUGCUGAAUUUCAUAAGCCUGAUUAUGGUGACACAAUUUCUUCAUUUAUCACAAGUGUAAUCUGUAAGUUUCCUCCCUGGCUGAAGCUCAUUGUGACUGUAAGAACUAACUUCCAGGAAGUAGUAAGUUCACUACCAUUUAUUGCAAUAUCCCUGGACAAUUUUCCAGACAACAAGGAAAUUCACAAUGAUUUGAAUGCUUACAUUCAGUACAGAAUUAAUAGCAGCCAGGAAAUCAUAAACAACAUAUCUUUAAAUGGAAAAGCUGAUGCAGCUACUAUUGGGAAAGUGAGUAACCACCUGAUCAUGAGAAGCCUGGGAUCUUAUCUCUAUUUGAAACUCACUCUGGAUCUUUUCCAAAAGGGUCACUUAGUAAUCAAAAGUGCAAGCUACAAGGUUGUUCCUGUGUCUCUGUCAGAGCUGUACUUACUGCAGUGCAAUAUGAAGUUCAUGACAAACUCUGCUUUUGAGCGAGCCCAGCCCAUACUCAAUGUGGCACUGGCAUCCCUGCAUCCCAUGACAGAUGACCAGAUUUUCCAGGCUAUUAAUGCGGGACAGAUAAAUGGGGAACACCAGUGGGAAGACUUCAGCCAGAGGAUGGAAGCCCUUUCGUGUUUUCUGAUCAAAAGACGUGACAAAACACGCAUGUUCUGCCAUCCUUCCUUCAGGGAAUGGCUUGUCUGGAGAGCAGAUGGUGAAAAUACUGACUUCUUAUGUGAGCCAAGGAAUGGACAUGCCCUACUGGCUUUCAUGUUUUCUCGACAAGAGGGAAAGUUAAAUCGCCAACAAACUAUGGAACUUGGUCAUCACAUCCUUAAAGCUCACAUUUUUAAGGGUCUGAGUAAAAGGACCGGAAUUUCUUCCAGUCAUCUCCAAGCCCUGUGGAUUGGUUAUAGUACUGAUGGACUGUCCACAGCCCUGGCUUCUCUAAGAAACAUCUACACACCCAAUGUGAAGGUGAGUCGGCUGCUGAUUUUGGCAGGAGCAAAUGUGAAUUACAGGACUGAAGUACUGAAUAAUGCUCCAGUGCUGUGUGUUCAGUCGCACCUUGGGCAUGAAGAAGUGGUCACUCUUCUACUAGAAUUUGGAGCUGCUAUUGAUGGAACUUCAGAAAAUGGGAUGACAGCCCUGAGUUACGCAGCCGCUGCCGGUCACAUGAACAUCGUGUCACUGCUGUGUAAAAGAGGUGCAAAGGCCGACUGUGCAGACAAGAAGGGCCAGUGUGCCUUGGUCCAUAGUGCCCUGAGAGGGCACCGUGGCAUCCUGGAGUACCUGCUGGGGCUGGUGUGGGUGGCUCCGUGCCGGGAGCAGGACGCGCUGCGGAAGCGCCAGGCACUGCACCAGGCACUGACGGCUGCUGCCAGCAUGGGGCACUGCCAGGUGGUUCACUACAUCCUGACAGUUGAAAAGGACCAUGACAUGGAUAUCAAUGACACUGAUGCCUUGUGGGGAGAAACAGCCCUCACAGCUGCUGCAGGCCGAGGGAAGCUGGACGUGUGCGAGUUCCUCCUGGGGCGCGGGGCGGCCGUGACGAGAGCCAACAGGAGGGGGGUGCCCCCGCUGCUCUGCGCCGUCCGGCAGGGCCACUGGCAGGUUGCUAAACUUCUAGUGGAGCAUGGGGCUGACGUGAAUUUAAGUGACAAGCAGGGCCGAACACCACUGAUGGUGGCUUCUUGUGAAGGACAUCUGAGCACUGUGGAAUUUCUGCUUUCUGAAGGUGCAGCUAUUUCCUCUCUGGACAAGGAAGGACUGACAGCUCUGAGCUGGGCAUGUCUGAAAGGCCACAGGGAAGUGGUUCAGUAUUUAGUAGAGAAAGGUGCAACAACUGAUCAGACAGACAAAAAUGGACGAACGCCCCUAGACUUGGCAGCGUUUUAUGGAGAUGCUGAUAUUGUGCAGUAUCUGGUGGAGAAAGGAGCAAUGAUAGAGCACGUGGAUCACAGUGGGAUGCGGCCGCUGGACAGAGCGAUCGGCUGCCGCAACACCUCAGUCGUGGUCACACUGCUGAGAAAAGGAGCCAAGCUGGGAAAUGCAGCCUGGGCUAUGGCCACCUCGAAACCCGAUAUCCUCCUGAUUCUGCUGCAGAAACUGAUGGAAGAAGGAAAUACACUGUACAAAAAAGGCAAGAUGAAGGAAGCAGCCCAGCGCUAUCAGUACGCCUUGAGGAAGUUCCCCAGGGAAGGCUUUGGAGAGGAAAUGAAAGCCUUCACUGAGCUGAGAGUUUCACUGUACCUGAACCUGUCACGAUGUCGCCGAAAAACAAAUGACUUUGGUAUGGCUGAAGAGUUUGCUACCAAAGCCUUGGAUCUGAAGCCCAGGUGUUACGAAGCCUAUUAUGCCAGAGCAAGAGCCAAGAGGAACAGCAGAAAGUUACUUGCUGCUCUUGCUGACCUACAUGAAGCCGCUCAGCUGUGUCCCAGCAAUCAGGAGAUAAAACGUCUCCUGGCUCGGGUGGAAGAGGAAUGCAAACAGUUGCAGAGAACACAGCAACAGAAACAUCAGUCUGCACAGCUACUGGAGCAAACCAACAACUCCGAUAAUGAGGAGGGUGUUGUAUCAGGCAUGAAGGAGAAUUUCAGUCCUCAAGACAGGGAGGAUGAACUGUCACACCCCGAUGAAUCUGUGUCCCCACCACAAAGGCUGCAAUGUUCCUCAGCUGCUUCCUCAUUCAGCAGGACCCUUCAGGAAGGUGUUCAGCAGAAGGCUCGGUCUGUGUCCCCUCAGAGCAGAACAAGCAGUAAGUACCUGAGAGAGCCAGGCUUGAUCAUGCAGCCAACAAAGCAGGCACAGAUUGUAAAAACUAAUCAGCACCUGAGCUCCAUCCAGCCUGGAUCUAAACCAGGAAGCAGUCAAGGUAAUACAAAGGCACAAUCAUCUUUGCAGCAUCAUCCCCUGAGUCCCUUGCCUGUCCCACACUCUAGAAGUCAGCAUUUGGAUGGGACAAGCACACUGUCAUCUGGAAGUGUUUCCGCAGAUCCCAGUGCUGAACUGUGCAGUGAGAAGUUCAUGUCCAGCCAGUGUUCCCAUCCACAGCAUCACAAGACUCUCUCUUCUCAUUCUUUUGCCAACAAGUCUAAACCUGCAGACAGGUCAACAGGCCCUGCUCAGAUGAACUUCGGUAACACAAGGCAGCAAAGCCCUGUACCCAGUGCUGUCUCUUCAAGCUCUCCAUCCAACAGUGUGAUUCUGGCCAGCUCAGCCAGCAGCUUUUCAGGCAGCGUUAAGGGGCUGGGCCCUGAUGUUCGACUCAAGGAGAGUAACGUGAGUCAGGUUCAGGGUACUGAGCACCGACCCCGCAAUACCCCAUUUAUGGGAAUCAUGGACAAGACUGCAAGGUUCCAGCAGCAAAAUAUGCAAUCCAGUCGCACUUGGCACGCUCAGGCAUCAGAUGGAUUAUCCACAAACGUUGCUCCUGGGGGCAUCCAGCCCUCAAACUUGGAGCAGUUCUCAGUGAAACACUACCCAACCAAAAUCCCCUCUCUGGCUGCUGCCCUGGGAGAUGGCAACCAGAGCAGUGUGCAAGCGAGAGACCACGAGGAACUCCCGUGCCCAGUCCCUCCCCACUGUCCAGACAAAUCCCCCAGCCAAGGUUCUCAUUCAUACCCCGAUGCUGCAGCCAAACCCCCGUCCCACAGCAGCCAGGACGGGCACCUCAGCCACACGGCAAAACCAAAGCGAUCCUUCAUUGAAUCAAAUGUAUAAAUCCUACUUUGGGUAGUUACUGGGUAAACCUGGCUCAGCACAGGGUGUGACUGCUCUCACAACACCCACUGGCUGGGCACAGCUGGCUCCGAGGGAACAGCCCGUGCUGGCCAGUCCUUACUGGGAUACAACCACUUCACACUGUUCCUACCAGCACAGGACAGUGACAGUAACUGGAAUAACAGACUUCUGUAGGAAGAGUCAAUUAGGGUUGUCCAACAACAGAGUAGGACCUCAAGCAGAGAAAUCCUUUCCAUUACAUUUUACCAUUAAAUAAGAGUUUCCUUUCAUGUAGGGCUUCAGUCUUGGCUUUUGGUUCUGUUGCAUCUCACACAUAAUACUUGUGCCUCUCCAGUGCUUAAGUGCUUACUUCUCACAGCAGUGUUAAGGAAGAUAAUCUGCUGCAGAAUACUCAGAUCUGUACAUGCAUGCAUUUUUUUAAAUCAAAGAUAGUAUUUUAUCACUUUUCUAGCGGGAUGUAAUUUGGGUGGCAUGAUGUACAUUUAGGAAGCAUAAAUAAUUUGUGUAUGAGUAAACUAUAAGCAGCCAUGUUUGCCAUGUAAAUAUAACUAUUUUUGGUAACUAGGAGAAAUCAAAUAAAAUAAAGAGUGACAUUUGCAUGUGUAUUAAGAAGCUUUGACCAUAUUGGUUAUUGCACUGAAGAACACAAUAUUAUGGCCUAUUAACAAUAAUUGCACUUUAUAUAGGUUAUCUAAUCACCUUUGGGUGCUAUCUUAAAGCAAAAUGAUUUAUUGUUUAUUUGUGAAAAGGUACAGCAGUUAAAUGCCUAGUGAGUGUUUUUAUGGGAAACCUAACAAAUGGAUGGAGUGAAGAUGAAAGUUUGAGGAAAAGUGUACGUGCAGUGGCAUGGCAGGAUGAAGCUGUGAAGUUUUUUUGGAGGAAAUAAGGUUUUAUAUUGGCAAGAACGUUGUGAAAAGGAACGGCUGCAGCGAGUGCAAUUCAGUUGGAGAGCUCAGCUUUACACCCUGCCCAUCGUGCUUGGUUACAGUGCUGUGUCCAGUGUAAGCACCUGUACCCAGCUCUACCAGUCCUUCUGGAGUUUGCAUCAUUAUGCUUUAGCUUAUUUAUUGUUUACCGGUUCUUUGAUAUUUUGUACAAUUCAUAUAUUAGUCUUGUCCUGUAGUUCUAUUUUUGCACAGCUACUGUAUUUUUUUCCAUACAAAAUAAACAUGCUUAAUAUA